GGACCCCCAAACGUUAGGGCCGGCUCUGUCUAAACCCCAACCAUCUCUCUCUCUCUCCCUUUCUCCCUCUCUCUCCAGUGGGUGGUAGCAGCAGCAGCAGCCAUCAUCAAGCAACGAACAAGGAAAUGGGAGGCAGAGGAAGGUCUCGUACUCAACGGAAACACUUCCGUCACAACAGAGAAAACGUUUGGAAGCGCAGCAAACCUGAUUCUACUCAGCAGGACGACGGAACCACCACCAGAGAUCCUGGUUGGGAGCCCUUCGCCACUCAAAACCCCGCCUUCGACGACUACUAUAAGGAGCAAGGAAUAGUGUCCGCUGAAGAGUGGGACGUGUUCGUUGAAGCUAUUCGGAAACCGUUGCCCGCCGCUUUCAGGAUCAAUUCCAGUAGCCAGUUUUCUUGUGACAUUAGAUCACAGUUAGAGAAUGACUUCGUGAAAAGCCUCCAAGCUGAGGCUGCAGAUGGAAGUGAAGUGGAGGGAAUUAGACCAUUACCCUGGUACCCUGAGAAUCUUGCUUGGCAAUCAAAUUUUUCUCGCAUGCAGCUGAGGAAGAAUCAAGCCCUUGAGAGGUUCCACGAAUUCUUGAAGCAAGAAAAUGAAAUAGGAAACAUCACAAGGCAGGAGGCUGUCAGCAUGGUACCUCCACUGUUCUUGGAUGUAUGUCCGGACCAUUUUGUUCUCGAUAUGUGUGCAGCUCCUGGUUCGAAGACAUUCCAAUUGCUUGAGAUGAUAUACCAGUCAACUGAGCCUGGAUCAUUACCUAGUGGAAUGGUGGUAGCAAAUGAUGUUGACGUCCAAAGAUGUAAUCUUCUUAUCCACCAAACAAAAAGAAUGUGCACUGCGAAUUUGUUAGUCACAAAUCAUGAAGCACAACACUUCCCCAGCUGUCACUUAAACAAGAAUUGUGCUAAUGCUUUUGAGAAUGGGGUUGCAAUGGAGCCUAGUGUAAAUCAGCUCCUAUUUGAUCGUGUCUUGUGUGAUGUUCCAUGCAGUGGAGAUGGUACUCUUCGCAAGGCUCCUGAUAUUUGGAGAAAAUGGAGUGUAGGAAUGGGCAAUGGACUCCAUGGCCUACAAGUUCAGAUAGCAAUGCGAGGGCUCUCUUUGCUUAAAGUUGGUGGAAGAAUGGUUUACUCAACUUGCUCAAUGAAUCCAGUUGAAAAUGAGGCUGUGGUUGCAGAGAUUCUGCGGAGAUGUGGGGGGUCUGUUGAACUUCUUGAUGUCUCCAGUGAGCUCCCUCAGCUUGUUCGCCGCCCAGGUCUUAAGAAGUGGAAGGUUCGAGAUAAGGGUACCUGGUUAUCAUCUUUCAAAGAUGUCCCAAAGUACCGCACAGCAGGAAUUACUCCCAGUAUGUUUCCUUCUGGCAAAAGCUAUGUAGACACCCCGAACAAUGAUCAUGAUCCAGUCUUGGAAGAAAGGCAUGAUAAUGAUUGUGAUGGGGAUUCUGCAAAUGGGUCUGAGCCAAAGAAGGAUCCUGAGUCUCUAACAGAUGGUUUGGACGAGGAACUUUCAACACUGCCCUUAGAACGUUGCAUGAGAAUAGUGCCUCAUGAUCAGAAUACUGGGGCAUUUUUCAUUGCUGUCUUUCAAAAACUUUCCCCUUUGCCAGCUAUUCAGAAGAAACCUUCUAGUCUGCAUCGACAGUUGAAGUCCAAUACUAAUUCUCAUCCUGAUGAAGUAGCUAAUGUAGAGAACCAGGAUACAAAUGGAGUUGAAAUUCAUUCGGAAGACAUUACAGAUGAAAAAUUACCAGAUGCAGCUCCUGAAGCAGCUUUACUGGGUAAUGAACUGGAGGAAGUUGCUUCGGAUACUGAUACUAACAAAAUGUCUGAAGAAAAUGAAUUAGAGGACAUCCAAGAUCCUGUUGAUAAAGAAGCUUGUUCUAAGGUAGGUGGGGGUAAAAGAAAGUUACAGAUUCAAGGAAAGUGGAGAGGUGUUGACCCAGUUGUGUUUUUCACGAACGACGCAAUUGUGGGCAGCAUAAAGACAUUCUAUGGUAUUGAUGAAUCCUUUCCAUUCACUGGUCAUCUUGUCACUAGAAACAGCGAUACCAACCAUGUGAAGAGAAUCUAUUAUGUAUCAAAGUCCAUUAAGGAUAUUCUUGAACUGAAUUUUAAGGGGGGGCAGCAGCUGAAAAUAACUUCCGUUGGCCUGAAAAUGUUUGAACGACAAUCUUCAAAAGAAGGUUCUUUGACUCAGUGUGCAUUCAGGAUAUCAUCAGAAGGAUUGCCACUGCUGCUUCCGUUUAUAACCAAGCAGAUCGUAGAAGCAUCCCCGAUAGACUUCAAGCAUCUCUUACAAUAUAAAACUAUUAAAUUUGCAGAUUUUGUUGAUGCAGAGUUUGGUGAAAAGGCUUCGCAGCUGAUGUUGGGUUGUUGCAUGGUGGUCUUGCGUAAAGUUGACCGGAGUUUGUCAGAUCCUCCUCAAGCGGAUGGGUCGACAAUAGCAAUUGGAUGCUGGAGAGGUAGGACAAAUAUAUCUGUGAUGGUGACCGCAAUUGAGUGCCAGGAAAUGCUUGAAAGGCUGUCCGUUCGUGUUGGGACGGGGAAUGGCUCUAUGUUGCUGGAAACCGAGCAAUCUAGUGUUGAGCCCGGAGAACUGAAGGCAAAUGUUGCUGAAACUAUAGAAGAUGCUGAAAUCAUCAAAGUGGCGACUGUUAGUUGAACCAGACACAUUUUUAUUGGAGUGGGUCUAAUUAUUGUUUGUCUUGUUUUUGUUUCUUAGUUUGCUGUCUCUAGUAAAUCAGCAUAUAUACAUACGCGCAACAGUUUUGUUCCUCUUUUCAUCUGUUGUGAUUUAGACUCGGACCUGUUAGGAAAAAGGACGCUUUGAUUGACACAAAUUGGACUCCUAUUCAUGGAUUUGUAAUAGUCGUGUCUGAUUCCUGAGAAA